AUGAGCAUCUGGGGGGGACUUAGCAACAUUCCUCAGCGAGUGCAUCCAAGGAGCAUCACCACUUACAACAGCGUUACUAAUGGUGCACUCCUGUCCUGGCAGAUCUUCGUCCGCAGCACGGACUAUGACCGGACACUGAUGAGUGCGGAGGCCAACCUGGCAGGAAUGUAUCCCCCAGAGGGAGCACAGAUCUUCAACCCCAACAUCUCCUGGCAGCCAAUCCCUGUGCACACAGUGGCCAGGUCCGAUGAAAGGCUACUGAAGUUUCCUUUGACCCCCUGUCCACGGUAUGAACAGCUACAGAAUGAAACCCGGCACUCAGCAUUAUACGUAAAUAAGACCAGAGAGAAUUGGCAAUUCCUGCAGAUGGUGGCAAAUGAGACUGGGAUCCGGGAUGUCUCUCUCGAGGGUGUUUGGAGCGUGUAUGACACGCUGUUCUGUGAACAAGCACACAAAAUGGACUUGCCUGAAUGGGUGACACCAGAUGUCAUGACUCGACUGAAGCAACUCAAAGACUUUGGGUUUGAAUUUCUGUUUGGGAUCCAGGAUUGGGUAGAAAAAGCUCGUCUGCAAGGCGGGGUCCUGCUGGGUCACAUAAGGAAAAACCUGACCAAAGCAGCAGAUGGUUCUGCCCACCAGAACCUGAAACUGCUUGUCUAUUCAGCGCAUGACACUACACUUGUGGCACUGCAGAUGGCUCUAGAUGUCUACAACAAGAUUCAACCACCAUACGCCUCAUGUCAUUUAUUUGAGCUGUACCAAGAGGAUGAUGGUAACUACUCUGUGGAGAUGUUUUACCGGAAUGAGAGUGGGAAGGAACCUUUCCCUCUGACAAUCCCUGGCUGUCAGCAUAGCUGUCCCCUGCAAAGAUUCUUGGAGCUCACAGAUCCUGUUAUUCCCCAGGACUGGGAGCAAGAAUGCCAGGUAGCAACCAUCGUUCACGAUACAGAACUGUUUGUGGGUCUGGCUGUCUGUGGAUCCAUUCUUCUUCUCCUUAUAAUCCUCCUCUUGACUGUACUCUUCCGCAUACAGUCCCAGCACCCUGGCUACCGGCAUGUUUCCAAUGAGGGAGAAGAGCAGGCCUGACAGUUGCUUCAACUCCUUCCCAAGCAGUAGGAGGGAGCAGUGUUGCCCCUGAGGAUGAUUGGGCACCUCCAGUUACUGAGCAUUCUUUUGCUUUGGCCUUUGCUUCCCAGGAUGAAGCGGGACUUGAUUUUUGGAUGCUUUCUAAAGGCGACGUCCCAGAGAAGGAGGACUGAGCUGUUCUAAUGGAAGUGACACCUUAAUUCUGCAGCCAGUGUACUGUGUGGUGCCCC